GUCGCUCGUGGAAGAGAGCCGCAUAGGCCAGGUGUACACAGUGCCUAAGAGGCAGUCGGCCGACAUAGUUAUAUCUCCAGUGAGCGGGCUCGAGACGGUCUACGAGAGUCUCCCGCAUCACCAUCGCGAAUCGGCGUGCGUCUGUGAUUUCGUGGUGCUUACGCCAUGCGCGAUAAACAAAAGUAAUCGGUCUUCUCUUCGCCGGCUCUCUUUCUCUCUCUCUCUCUCUCUGUCUUCCUUGCUAUCUCUUUCUUUCUCUCUCGGCCGCGCCGACAGCUUAGCCCACGUUUGUGUGUACCGUUUCAGCAUAUUGUGCGCUAACGGCCACUUUCAAGUUCGCUCGCGCGCGCUUACCGACGCGAUUCCGUGAGAAAGGUGCCCGUGGAAUUCGCCUUCGCGCGGCGCACGAGUGUCAGGAUAAAGCGCCGCCGAAUUGCAAGCGUGCAACAUCGCACCAGCGGCAAAUCGCCGGCACUCGCCUCCCGCAAAAUUCGACAUUGAUACAUCGAACGUGCUCUCCCGGCCAGAUUACACACGUUCGCGACGUUAUUGCAUUUUGAGCGUCCAAACGAGGUGCGACAAUGACGAGACUGUACAAUCGUCGACAGCUUGUCGCGUUACUUUUGCUGCUGCAAGCCGUCUGGAGGUACGGACACGCGGUUUCCGCGGAAUCGACGCACGCGGCCGAACUGUCACCGCCAUCCGCAUCCGUGCCGUCCGGUCUCUCCGGCCCGGAUUACACCGGACCGUCCGCAGGUUCGGACGAAUGCGAUCCCGAGAUGGUUGGCUUCGAGCUGGUAACCGGCUACGUGUUCACCGCGCCCACAAACAUGCUCGAGUCCAUACCGGGCACGUUGAUGCUCACCGAUUGCCUCGAGACCUGUCAGGCAAACGACUCCUGUCAGGCGGUCAACUACGAGACGGGCUUAUGCGUCCUAUUCAGCUCUAACGCCGACAGCAAUCCAGGUGCACUAUCGCAAUCCCAGUUUCCCGUGUUCACGAUUUACGCCCAAAAGAGUUGCCUGGCGGUGAAGCCUUGCGAGCGCGCUUGGUGCAUCGAUAGAGUCCAGGGAUACCGUCUUCAGGGUCACGCACGCAGAACCAUGACCGCCUCCUCGAGGCAACACUGCCUCGAGCUCUGCCUCGGCGAGCGAGACUUUCUGUGUCGAUCUGCAAAUUAUGCCAACGCCACCAAGCAAUGCGAGCUUUCGGAUAUGGAUAGAUUGACGGUUGCCGGUUCAAAUGCCUUCCAGACAGCGAAAGGAGUGGAUUAUUUGGAAAAUCAUUGCGUGGAAGAGCCAGUGAAACUUUGCGAAUUCAAGAAACUGACAGGCCGAAUAUUGAAAACUGUGGACUCCGUUUAUCAGGAUGUCGGCACGUCCGAUGAAUGCCGAGAAUUGUGCCUGAAUUCGCCAUUCCGUUGCCAUUCUUAUGAUUACGGUGAUACUGGUGACAUGGUCUGCCGUCUCAGUCAUCAUACCCGUGCCACUCUCUCCGAUAUUCAGGAACCGUAUCUCGAUGUACCGGAAGCGUCCACGUACGAAUUGAGCUCCUGCUACAAUGUGACCAUCGAUUGCCGCGCCGGCGAUAUGGUGACCAGAAUUCAAACGAGCAAGCUCUUCUACGGCAAGGUGUACGCAAAGGGUUCGCCCAACUCGUGCGUGCAGGACAUCAAGGGUGCGCUCGAGUUUGAGCUGCGCAUGGCAUACGACGACCUCGAGUGUAACAUAAGGCAGCAAGGACUCGGCCGUUAUUUGAACGACGUGGUUAUCCAACAUCACGACACUAUCGUCACCAGUUCUGAUCUCGGACUGGCUGUGACCUGUCAGUACGACCUCACUAACAAGACCGUGUCUAAUGAAGUCGACCUCGGCGUGCACGGCGACAUCACGCCCGCGUUGUCGGAGGAGGUGAUCGUCGACUCACCGAACGUCGCCAUGAAGAUUACCGAUCGCAGCGGAAACGAGGCCAUCCCAUCGGCCGAAGUCGGCGACCCUCUGGCGCUCAAAUUCGAGAUCCUCGAUCCCAACAGCCCGUACGAGAUCUUCGUUCGUGAGCUAGUCGCCAUGGACGGUGUCGACUCGAGCGAAAUCGUUCUAAUUGAUUCCGACGGCUGCCCUACCGAUCACGUCAUCAUGGGACCACUUUACAAAUCGGCCACCACCGGCAAGAUACUGCUGUCGCAUUUCGAUGCCUUCAAGUUCCCGAGUUCGGAAGUGGUACAAUUUCGCGCUCUGGUCACUCCGUGUAUGCCGACCUGCGAGCCGGUGCAGUGCGAUCAGCAGGAGACGACUGGUGAGUUACGCUCGGUGAUCUCCUUCGGCAGACGCCGCCGUCGUCGUUCGACUGACGCCGCUUCCCAGAGCCGCGAGGACCUCCUUUUGGUGCAGUCUAUUCAGAUCACGGACAAGUUCGGCUUCGAGCGUGACGGUAAGUUAUCGAACGCCUCCGCGACGAGGGACACCGUUUUCAUCGAAAGCGAGGACAUAUCAUCGACGAUGGGCAUGUGCAUCAACCUGGGCGAGGCUAUCAUUGCCGGCACGAUCUUCCUUGUCGCCCAGAUUGCCAUCAUAGCGGCGUGGACCUUUACCUGGCAGCGACGCCGACAGAUGCUAAAGCAUCAGGAAGCGCUCUCGGUCUCCGUGUCCGUGCCUGGAAUGCAUUCCAUGCCGGGUCGCACCGACAGUCUUUGUAAGUUGUACGACGCCGGAUACUCCGGACGUCGCUUCUGAAUGGCUUCCCCUCUCAUCCGAUAUCAAUCGUCAAUCUCGUCUUCCUGCGUAAAAAUCGCUAUUACGAAUCUUGGGCUGACUCUUCGCACGUGAACGUGAGCUUUUUUCAACUCGUGUCCCGGAGAGACUCGCGCGCGUGUCACGGUUCUCGAAAGCGAUCAGCAGAUAACCACUUUCACACCUCUCACUUUAAAUCCCUCUCCGGAAUUCGGAUGAACGCUACUUUGCUAUAUAUAUAUAAAAUAUAUAUAUAUACAUCAAACUUCUCUAUGAGUGUACCGUGUUGCGAGAUUGCAGCCAAUAUACGUAGCUUUUAGUGGAGUAUGGCCUUUACCACCCACGCUUAUCUUGUAGUCGGGUGGAAGCUUUGCAGAAGCGUUCUACUAAUUCCAAUUAGAUUAGAUGGAUCACGGAGUCUGUUGAACGCAUCGGGUCGGAAGACCGAUCGUUUUGAUCAGAAACAAGAAAAUAAUCGCUACCCAUUCAUAUAUGAAUAUUUUUGCAUCCACAUAUCACUGCAUUAGAUACUCUAUUACAUACGCAUAUUCUUUUUUCUAUUUCUCCAACUUCAUUUCCUCGCAGUUAGCAGCAUAAGAAAACCGAUCAAUUUCGUGAUAUCACUUAAUCCAAGUUGUUUCCACGCUCAUCUUCCCGGACGGAACAACACAAUUAUACAUUCGCAUAUGCACACGUGCUGAUAAUAAUACCGGCGGAAUUGCCGAAUGGAAUAAUUAGCACAAUUGCGCUUGAUUACUUGCUAGCUGUCGCUUAUUGAGGCACAAAUAUCAGUGUUUCUCGAUCGGUAUUCCUAGCCAAGGUCGCGGCGUAACGAAUCGUACCGAAUGUAUCAUCAAUCUCGUCGUUCUGUCUUUGAAGCGGCCGGUUAUUUCGUGGAAGGAGCAAGACUGCAAUUACGAUCCGUACCGGCAACCUUUAAUUAACGUGACGUUCAAUGUCUAAGCGACCUUCGUGCGUAUGCGUAUCCCGGUUCAAGUCGUCGAAAGUCGAAGGGGACGUUUCUUAGAGGCAGAUUGAAUGGCCGCGAUACAAGGGAAAGGAGAAAAAAAGAAGAGGAAACGUCUCGUAAUAUCGCGCCGAUAUUUAAUCCGUAUCUGAUCGCGGACCGGCAUACCGAGAAUCACACGCCUCGCGCCGUGGCUAAAUCGAUUUCUUACGUUGUUCCGUGAUGAAAGUGGCGAUCUCGCCACACCUCUUCCGUCGAUAAGUAGUUGAUAAUGUAACGGCGCAAAAAUUCAGCCGCGAAGAGAGUAAUCGAUUUCGCGCGCGAAUUUGGUCGGUUUCUUGCGCCCGCGUGUAGACCAUCUCUUUCUUCUUCGCUACGGCUUGCCCUCACAAAGCGCUUUUACCGUCCCUUCUUUUCGCGAGGUGACGCGACGUGACGUGAUGCGAGACAUCUCUCAGCACACUACGGCUCUAUAGAUGACGGAAGCGGACAUGUACUCGCUGCGUCGGGUAGGCUACCGGUUCUGGCCUCUAAUUAGCAUUGGGAAUUGGGCAUAAUUAUGCAGAUGUGUAGGACAUCUACGGUACGGCGCGACGAGGAGAUCGGGCGACGAAUUAAGCACGGGGAUGAAAGAGGAAGAAGGGAUUGAGACGGAACGAGAAACGGUAGGAUCAAAACGUGCUGAGCUCGGUGAAGAGGGUAGAAGGUACGCGCGCAAAGGGGUUGGCGGAAGGUUAAUUGCCUCUUGUGGUGUCUCGGGGUUAAGCUAAGCUUGUGGGGGUAACACUUGAUGGGGUUGAGUCUAGCUUCCGGAGUAAAGGAGAGCGAGAGAGAGGAAGAGAGGGAGGACAGGAGAGGGGGAGAGAGAGAGCACAGAAUCACAUCAAGGAUAGCCAUCUCUCUAUACCGGAGCCACGUAACCUCGGUUUCUGACUUAACCUUAGCCAUAUCCCUUAUCCUUAGUCAUCUUGUGGCGGCCAGGUUAAUUUACAUCGUAACACGUGAGCUUAUCAAUCUAGAUUGACCCAUUAGAAUUGAAAGAAAGUAUCAAAAAUUGUUUCCUUGGUACGAGUGAAACAACAUUCCCCGUACUGGUUACGUAUUGAUAAGCAAUAGAAUAAUGCGCUCUAUUGGUUCGCAAUUUUAUCGACGGAUAGCUUGAGAAAAUUCUAAAGGACAAUGCCGCAACGAUAAUGUCAAACACAGAAAAAUCCAGUUCGUGACAGUUAUUCGUGACAUUUUUAUGUAACCUGUAAAUAAAAUGUAUUUUCCAAAUUUGCGUUAUUUUCGCGGCAAGUUAUAAAGAAAGAAAGAGAAAAAAAUAUCAGUUUUUAGGUGAUAUAAAAUAUUUCAAAGUUUCUAAUCAAAUAUGUAACAUACAGAUUGUCAAUUUAUAUUUUAAUGUCCGUGUAUAAUAUUUUAUAACAACGAUUGAAAUAAUUGAUUAAUUUUGACGUUCAGAUUUUAUCUUGCUUUAAAAUGUGUAAAAUGGAACGAAAAAAGGAUGAAAAUUAGCAUCGACAGUGCGUGUAAUACAUUAUAGAACAAAGAAAUACAAAUCGAAUAACUGUGCCAGCAGUGCCUUAUCGAUUUCACCAAAGCAUACAAGGCGGGCUCAGAGAGAUCGGAUUAAUUGAGAAACUUGAGGAUUAAAAUACACUCGUUAAGACAAACACGGGCCGUGAGAGAGACGAAAUGAAAGCUUCCAAUCGUUCUGAAGUGUUUGCAUUACAGUUAACCGAACUUUGAAUUGUUCUGAUGUUUGACGUUUACUUAUGGCAUGGUGAAGAUUCGCGUACCUCGAAUCCUGCUUUUAUUCAUACGCAUCGAAGCCGUUAUGUAUGCAAACAACGAUCGUGUUUGCUCGCAACAAAAUUUUAUCUAAUGCUAUCCAAUAAGUACUCGCUCCGUUAGAUUGUUCAAUAAUCGUGGAAUCAAUUUAGAAAAUUUCAACAAUUUUUCGACGCGAGCGAGACAAUUUCCACCGACACUUGUUUCCCAUCUAAUAAACCACGCGUUUGCCGCACGUGUAACUCACUAUUAACGUUUAGCGGUCACUAACGCAACGACAAUAGCCAAAAUUGAACGAAAAAGGAUGCGCAGGGACAGCAAUUGCGCGUAUGUUUUGUCCAUCUGGAAUUUCACUGCACGCUUUAAUUAUUGGAUCUAAUUGCCGUGGAUAUUGCUAGGCUUUGCCCGUAGUUGAGCGAGACCGCUGGAGCGUCGACACCGAACCAAAUGGAAUUUCGACCCUUAAAUCAAGCACUAUUGAUUCCGCGAAGCACGACGCGAGGCAACAAUCGAAAUGCAGAAAACAUAAGCGGGACCAAUGUUUUUCCGGUGUAUUUUCGCGAGGCGCGGUUUAAUUGCUUUCGCAUUAAGAACGUAAGGAGUACGCCGAUGUUCGUAUCGCUCUUACGCGGGCGCGACUUGAUCGAUAAUCUUCCUUUCCGCUUCGCUGCUGCUUCUACGCGCGACCCGCUUGAUAUAAGUAUAUAAAUACAAGUAAAUAUAAAUAUAUAAAAAUAUAAAUAUAAAUAUAUAUACACGUAUACAUAUACACGAUGAUAAACAUGCCAACGAAGGUGCCUACGCGUACAGUAAGUGAUGCGACACGCAUAUAACGCGACUUUAUCUAUCUUUUUGUCAUUUUUAUUUUUUUUCUUUUGAAAGAUAACCCUUGAAUUAUAUGGAUUUACAUUUAAGAAUUUUUGCGCUAACGCUGCAGUAGUAUAUCCAACCUGCUUGUGGUGAGAGGGUAGAGCCAAUUUUAUACAUGUUCGACGAUAUUUGUACGGACGCACAAUUUGAAACGUGGUGUUGCGCGCGCGAACGCGCGCACUGCGCUCAUGCGUGCGCGAAUGCGCUCGAGGCGCAAACGUGCGCGUGCGGUCGCUCCGCGCAACGCUUUUAGCGAUGUAAUUUCAACAACGUAUAUAUGAGCGUAUGGAGUGGCGCAAGAAAAAUCUGACAAUUCUUCGCCUCGCCUGCGAGAAGCGGUCUCCGACCGGAGACGCCGAGUGCGGAAAGAGAUCAAGUUGUCUCUGGUAUAAAAUACGGGAACUCGCUGGAAUAGAUCCUAAGUCAUUACUCUUCACAUGGGCGAAGAUGUGCAAGAUUUUCUCGCGCCACCUCGUAGACAACAAGCGUUUCGAGUAUAACACGAUAACGAAUGUGUGAGCACUUUUCAUCGACUUGAUCGAACUUUAUAUGCGCGACACGCGCGUCAUGCCCAUGUCGCUCUUGACGUUUGAUCCAACUCAAUGGAAACUGCCGAGUACGCGAAGAGUUGUAAGGACUAUCAUUAAUUAAUUAAUUGUCUUACAUUUAAUGCGUAUACGAUAAAAGGAGCAAUCAUGUUUCAUCAAUAUAAUAACAUAAUUAAGAUUAAGUUAACGCGCCCGCGGUCUUGGCGCUAUGAGAUCGAGACCGCGGAAGGCAAUUGCGCGAAGGAAAGAUAAUAUUGGGCUCGAGGACGAUCACUUCUCUCGAUGAUAUCAACGCGCCUGCAAUUCCGAAUGGCCGACUCGGGUAGCCGCGAGCAAUUCAACGCGGUCGGCGUCGUCGUCUGCGUUUCUGCGUACAAGUACCACUUGCUUCUUCUUCAUCUCCUUCUUCCGUCCAUUCCCCAUCCCCUCCGUCCCUAUCGUCCAUCUUAAUGAGGAUUAUGUUUAUGCCUCGUACUUUUUUUUUUUUUUUUUACCAAGAGUAUCCACGAGUUUGUAGAGAUGUCGGUGCUUGUCCUCGAGCCUGAGGUGCGCGCCUGCUCUGUCGUAAGCUCGGGAAGCUCGAGUCUGUUCUGUACCAUGACAAGCGUGUAUUUCUGCUUUUUCCGCGUCCUAUACAUCUUCCUUUCCACCCCCGCCAUUCAGCCCCCUAUUCCAUUCUUUCGUUUUCCCUUCCUCCCUGUCAUUCAUUCGCCUUCACCCCCCCCCCGAUCCUCCCGUCUCCUCUCCCCGUCCUCCCCCGCCCCCUGCUGCCGAGAGUGCGCGUCGCCUCUCGCAAAAUUAAACCAUUUUCAUUGGUGAACACAUACGUCACGUACAGAACUUACCCGACGAUCGCGAGCGUCCUUAUAUGUUAUAUCCGCGCACCAGCAUUAAUCGCUUAUUUAUUUUUUACGUUAACGUAUAUUGCCCUUCAAGAAUACUCGUACCCUAUCACGCCUAUUUUUUUUCCCCUGCCCAUACACGACCGGCAUACUAACUACCGUUUUAAUAAUACACCCGUCACACCAGCCACGCACUCAAACUGCUAUGUAAUUUAACGAAUCACUUUGCUGACGUUAAACGUAAUGCGUGCGUGUUUCUAAUUAAUUUCCAUUUUUUUCUACAUUAUCAAGACGUAUCUUUCUCCGAACGUCGUAUAUGUCAGUACCGUAACACACACGUUGUACAUAGCAUAUAUGGUACAGAGAAAAUAAACUCAUUUUAUAACGAAAAUCGUUGUUUUCUUUCACGUAUGGAGCCUCGUCCUUCAUGUGCAACUUUCCGCUAGGAUAUAAGGUACAACGUUGGAUUCCACCGACACUA